GCAAAAUAUGAAUCAACCCCAACAGGGACAAAAAAGAAAAGAAAAAAACCAAACCAAGUUGGGGUGUGUAAGAAAUACAAAACAGGAGUGGCCGGAAUUUAGACAUAACAGAAAAUGGCAGUGAGUUGUAGUGUUUAUUAUUAUAAGCAAUUAUUGUACUUAUCUAGUAGCUCUGGAAUUGGAAUACAGGUUCCAAGAAACAGAGUCAUAUGUUGUUCAUCUUCUUCAGUAUCCAAUAAUCCCGUUGUCAAGCCUGAGUUGUCUAUGCGUGUUGGAACUCGACUCAUUCCACAUCCCAAAAAGGUUGCAAAAGGUGGAGAAGACGCUUUCUUUGUGAGCAGUUACAAUGGGGGAGUUAUUGCUGUUGCAGAUGGCGUUUCUGGCUGGGCAGAAAAAGAUGUAGAUCCGGCAAAAUUUUCGAGAGAACUUAUGAGAAAAGCUUCAUCUUUAGUCGAGGAUGAAGAGGUUAACUAUGAUCCUCGAAUUCUUGUUAGGAAAGCACAUGCUGCCACCACAUCCCAAGGUUCAGCUACCGUAAUCAUUUCUAUGUUAGACGAAAAUGGGAUUCUAAAGGUUGCCAAUAUUGGGGAUUGUGGACUUAGGGUCAUUCGCAAAGGUCAAGUAAUUUUUUCCACGUUUCCACAAGAGCAUUAUUUUGAUUGUCCGUAUCAGUUGAGCUCAGAGGCAGUGACCCAGACAUAUCUGGAUGCCACGGUUACUAGCAUCGACUCAAUGAAGGGGGACAUUAUAGUAAUGGGUUCAGACGGUCUAUUUGAUAAUGUGUUCGAUCAUGAAAUUGUAUUAGCAAUAGCCGACCAUAAGGAUGUCGUGGAGACCGCAAAGGUAUUGGCUGAUCUGGCUUACAAGCAUUCAGUGGAUUUCUACUACGAUUCCCCAUAUUCAAUUAAAGCAAGAUCCAGAGGAUUUGACGUUCCAGCUUGGAAAAAGGCCUUGGGACAAAAACUAACAGGUGGAAAGAUGGAUGAUAUAACUGUAAUUGUUGGCGAAGUUGUAAGCAAUUGAACUAAUCAAUUACAGAAUUUAUAUUAGUUCACCCUGUGGGCAUUGUAGUUAUCAUAUAUAUGUUCAUAUCUCUUCAAUAAUUUAGAUUUAUUCAGUAUAUACAUUGCAUGUAUAUUUUAGGAUAUAUUUAUGGAGAUCUGAAAUAAUUCUGAAGAA